UCUGCUCUGGGGGGGUUUACCUCCGUUUCCCGAGAAGAAUAAAAAGGUCACUCACUCACUUUGUACAGUUUAAACUUUAAACCCAGUUCCGAAGAGCACCAAUCGGGCGUUGCAGGGACGCCCAACACCAUCUCCAUGGAUUAUCUUAAAACUAUAGUUCCUUCUCAGUUAAUUGCUGAGCGAGGUGCCAAUCUUGUUGUCAUAAAUCCAGGUUCUGCAAAUGUCCGAAUAGGACUUGCACAAGAACAGACCCCUUUUGAUGUUCCUCAGUUUAUUGCUCAUCAUAUGCGUGGACUUGACAAGGAGUCUAAAUUAAAGUAUUUAGAUCAGAUUCUUAAUUCUCAAAUUACUCCAUCUCAACACUUGGAACGCGAGAAAGCAUAUGAUACUAUUGCUUCUUUACUGAAGAUUCCCUUCCUGGAUGAAGAAGUGGUCAACAACACUUUUCCUCGUAAGACGGUACGUGUUGAUGGAUGUAAACCUCAGAGUAACAAGGAUGAUUCAACCUUCACUUGGACGAAUGUGAUGGAGAAAAACCGUACUAUGGCUGCAGAUGUAGAAAAUUUGGUGACCGAGGGUGUCAAAGAUGAACCUUCAGUCCAGGCUGAAGGUGCUGAUGGUGGUGAUAGUAAUAUGGAUGAGUAUAAAUUCAGAGAGGCUAUUUGUGGUGAGGAGGCACUAAAAAUUUCCCCUGAGGAACCCUACAGUGUACGCCGUCCUAUUCGUAGGGGCCACUUCAAUGUGUCCCAACAUUAUCCUCUCCAGCAGGUGCUCGAAGAUUUGCAUGCAAUCUGGGAUUGGGUUUUAAAUGAGAAAUUACAUAUCCCUCAGGCUGAAAGGAAUAUGUACUCAGCUAUACUUGUUGUGCCAGAAACAUUUGACAGUCGUGAGAUAAAGGAAAUGUUAUCAAUCAUUUUGCGUGACUUACGGUUUAGCACAGCAGUGGUACACCAGGAAAGUCUUGCUGCAGCAUUUGGAAAUGGGUUGUCUACUGCAUGUAUUGUGAAUAUGGGUGCUCAGGUGACGUCAAUCAUGUGCGUUGAGGAUGGGGUCGCUGUGCCUACUACAGGUGUGACUCUACCUUUCGGAGGAGAAGAUAUAUCAAGGUGCCUCUUAUGGAUCCAAAGACAUCAUCAGACUUGGCCAUCAAUUCAUACAGAUCCUUUGGGGAAGCCAGUUGACAUAGUAAUGCUUAACAAACUGAAGGAGACCAACUGUCAGAUUCAAGAGGGGGAAAUUGAUGCGAUUGCAAUUGUUCGCUCAUAUGAAGAGAGAUUGCCUGCUGGAGCUCAUAAGACAAAACUAACCGCUCUUAAUGUUCCUCCUAUGGGUCUUUUUUACCCUCUGCUUUUAGUUCCAGAGGCAUAUCCAGCACCUCCACGUACCUGGUUUCAUGACUGCGAGGAUAUGCUGGAAGAUAUAUGGCAUAUGGAUUACCCCAAAGAUGGUGUGUAUGUUGGUCCCAAUGGUGGUGCAUCAAUGUGGGAUAACUAUCAAGUUCUUCCCACCAGACUGAAAAAGGAAGAUAACGUGGGCCUUGCCGAGGCAAUUAGUAAAAGCAUCCUUUCCACAGGGCGUAUAGACUUACAAAGAAAACUGUUUUGUAGCAUAUUACUGGUUGGUGGAGUGGCUAAGACAACUGGUCUUGUUCCCGCUGUGGAGGAAAGGGUUUUGCAUGCUAUUCCUUCAAAUGAGGCUAUCGAUACUGUCGAGGUGUUACCAUUGAGAUCUGAUCCAACUAGUUUAUCAUGGAAAGGCGGAGCAAUUCUUGCGAUGCUAGACUUUGGUCGAGAGGCUUGGAUCCAUAGGGAAGAUUGGAUACGGAAUGGGAUUCAUAUAGGGAGUGGGAGAAAAUACAGGGACUCGUUUUUCCUUCAAGCUCAAGUCAUGUGUUAUAUGAACCUCUAAAAGGUUGGAACCGACCUCCCUCGAAGCCCAGGAGCUGACAAAACCGAGAUGGCAUUUCUCAAGAUUGUAAAUUCUAAUUGAUUGAACACUAACUAAUGUAAUAUUAGCUGGGAAUGGGCUGCUAGAACUUCUUUAUCAUUAGCUAGCAAAGUCUGGCUUUGUUCUCACCAGUCCAGAGUUCUUUAUCUAGAAGAUACCCGUGACUGAGACUAGAACCAAGUUUCAGCAAAAAUAGACAUUUUAGUUUUUAGAACUGAACAUUACACCCUGGCCUAUUACCAAA